GAAGCCGUCUCCUUGACCUGCCACCGACCCAUCCUCUCAAGUGCAAAGUUUUCUCGAAGCUCUCUGGGGCCAAGGUCUCAUUUCUGAGCGGCUGCAGAGCUCGCUGCAACGAGGGCCCCUCUAUUAGGCAGCAGCUUCUCGCGUUCAGCGCUCCAAGCAAACCGCCUGCCGCAACCAGCGCUUCUUUCAAUCGCUCGUGCUACAUUCUCAGCAGGAAGAAAACAUGGGUUUCGCGAGUAAGCUGAAGGCGGGCGGUCCUGCGCAGCCGCCGCAGCCACUGGUCGAAAGCAAUGGCCUCCAAAUGUCCGCCAGCCAUGGCGCGCGGCCACAGACAGCUCUGGGACAGCUGUCCAUGCCACUUCAGGGAGGGGGCUCGUUCCAACAGUAUCCUGGUACGGGCCAGCAUUCUCCGCUGGGACAGCAGGGGGUUCAACAGUAUUCGGGGACUCAGCCUGGCAGGAGUCAGCAGCAUCAAGGGCACGUGCCUGGGGUCCUUGCAAGGCUGCAGAGCAUCGUCCAAGUGAACGGCCUUGAGAAGUUCUACACACACCAGGCCACUCAAAGCCUGGCACAGACGAUCGACAGCUCUAUCAACUUCGACUUUCUUGCAGCCAGUUGGGGUAUGCCCAAAGAGCUGGCCAUCGAUCUGGCCGCCCUUGCUCUAUAUGACACUGUCAUUUUGGUCGACGACUCUUCCUCAAUGAGCUUCGAGGAGAACGGCGAGCGCAUCGAAGACUUGAAAGAAAUUCUAAGCAAAGUGGCGGAGGUCGCCACCCUCUUUGACCAGGACGGGAUCGUCAUUCGGUUUUUGAACUCGCGCUUGGAGGGCAACGGGAUCCGCAACAAGGAGGACGCCGAGAACCUUGUCAACCAGGUCCGCUUCCAGGGCUUGACGCCCCUGGCCGGCAGCAUGCAACGGAACGUGCUCGACAGUCUGGUCUUCCGCUUCGCGGCCGCCGGCGAGCUGCAGAAGCCGGUUCUGGUGAUCACCAUAACCGACGGUGAGCCAACGGACAACCCGCGAGACGCGAUCCUGCAUACCAUCGCGGGCGCGAAGCGCAGGCUGGCGCCGCAGUACGGGCCUAAGGCGGUGGCGUUCCAGUUUGCACAGGUUGGCCGCGAUCAGCGCGCGCAGGCCUUUCUCGAGAGGCUGGACAACCAUCCCGAAGUUGGAGACAUCAUCGACUGCACGUCGUACUUCGAACUAGAGGCGGAGGAGUUCAGGAAGAAAGGCGUGGAUCUGACGCCCCACUUGUGGCUGGUCAAAAUGAUGGUCGGCGCAAUCGACCCUUCGUAUGACGAGAUGGACUAGAGUUUUCAACCAGUGCGAUUAGCAGUAUGGGUACCGCCGUAAGUUGGAGACAGUCAAUGGGUUCAAAGCUCUUCGUAGAGCCUGUACAUAACGAGGUCUAGGAGCCUUAUUAAAUGGCAUGUUUGAGAGAGGGUGCUGGGUUAUUUUCGACGUGUCACUUUCCGACCUAUAUGCGACGAUCACUUGUUUGCGAUAUAAUAGUGCGAUCGGGAUGCCUCAAGAUACUAUAUGCAAUUGGAAACAAGAAUGACACAAGCACUAGCUGCGUGAAAGGCUUGGACCGUAAGGGGAAAAGCGUAUAUAAAUAUAGUACAGUAGUUACUGGCUGCUUGUACUCAGACUUGCCUCGUCGGACGAAAUCUGGUUGGACGUUCUUGUGUCAAGGCUUUACGUGUUCAAUCCUACUCUGACGGUUUAUAGUAUUUUUAAAAUGUUUCAAGAUAAGACUCACGCUGUGAUAUUGAGAGGACAGAGCGCCCGUUUUAAGUUCGAUUCCUAAUACGCAAAUUGUCACGGAUGACUGGUAAUUGCGACUACAACG